AGUUCACACUGCUGACAAAGGACGACUAGAUGACAGCAAGAGUCUCGAUGAAAAUGUCCGUGAAAACACGAACCAUUUGGUUGUUGUUUUAUAUUUCAUCAAUACAAGCACGUGGAGUAAGAGUUCGUCGUGAUUUGGGUGGAGUUUGCCAAGAUAUGUGGGCAGCGGCCGGCAAUAACAUGGUUGUUGGGACGGAUCUGGCAGUAGACACUUCAGCCACUGCCACGCAAUUGUUUAGUCUUACGCCACCGGGUAUCACCAAGCUAAGUCAACCUGUAUACACAAAGUUCAAAGCCCUUCUAGACAACUACAUUGCAGACGAGACCAAACCAGAGAAGAGCGAUGCGAAUAAAGUGAAUGAAGAAGAUGACUUUAUAAACACUAUCGCUGUCCCUGGCGGGCCUAUGCAUUUCGCCUUUCAGUACCUAAAAGCAAGCGGAAAAACCACUGCUGUUGACUUAGACGCUUUCAAGCCAAUACUGAAGACCAUGUGGUUCACAAAGUACCCAAAAGGAGGAGACGUGCCGACCUACUCUGGAUUUGAACACACAUUUGUUGGUGAGAUUGGUCUUGCGAAAGGAACAACAGUUGUCAAGGGUCUUCACAACUGGUACCAAUUCCAUCUGGAACAACAAGCACAAAGACUGACUUAUAUGCCUCCAGUUAAGAAUGUCGUUGAUUUGAACAAGAAGCCCCCGCUUAUCAAUGUGGCAUUUACGUGGAAGGGAUUUAACAAAGCUGGCAGCAGUUUCUAUAUCGGAACCAGCCCAGCAUUUGAGAUGGCUCUGUAUACUGCAUGUUUCUUUGGAGAGCCUGGUGACUGCACGUGUAACAUAGACAGUCAGCCGCUCACGAUAAAGACCAUCAAUUUCGAAAAUGCGGGAAUGGUUCUCACUUCAUAUCCCACAGCAUAGACGUUUGUCAUGGACAGGAAGUUUCACCCCUCUCCAUCUUACGCGUUGUUUGCUUUAUCCAUGUAUUCUUUAUUUAGCUGUUUGUUAUUUUUGCUGGAGGAUUUAAUUACAUUGUUAAUUUUAUCUUUUGUUUACC